AUGCCGCGAGAUGGCGCUGUGGACGUCUCCGUCUCUCGCCAGACCCGUUUCUCGAAAGAAGUUUCCACCCUUGGGUUGGCUUCAAUGUUAAUUGCUGUCUCUACUACGGCUCAGGGUGCUGGAAUGAACCUCUCUCACUCUGCUUCAUCCCUGAGUUUACAGCAGGCCUUUUCAGAACUUAAACAUGCCCAAAUAACUGAAGGGCCCAGAACAGCACCUCCCAACUUUAGUCACACGCGACCAACUUUCCCAGUUGUAAUGCCUCCUUCCAUGAGUAACGUUUCUGGAGUCGCAGUCCCAGCAGUAGCCAUACCUUCAGUACCAGUCCCUCUUAGUGAUGUCUCUCCGUCAGUAUUUCAGUCUGAGGGUCCAGUGCCCACUGAAAAAGGGAUUGCUAGGGUUGCUGGCACAAGUAUAGUAACUUCAAGUGGUCCCCCUAUAAAACCUGCAUCUGAAUCACCAGUACUUUCCAGUGUGAUUUCAAGCACCACAGUACCUACAGUUGUGUCUGUAUUGACAACGUGUUAGGCAGUUCAGGCUCCCAUAUCUGGAAGUAUUGUUUCCAGUAUAGGAAAUUUCUCUAUUCCAGUUUCCUCACCUUCAGCCUCUGUGGUGGGCAUUGCUGCCACCCCAGGUGCUAAGCCUCCACCUGUAUUAUCUCAGCAGGCAACAGGCAGCACUACUGGGGUAGCCACACUGACAUCAGUUUCUACCACUACUCCAUUCCCAGGUGUGGUUUCACAGCCAUCCUUUCACCUUAGUAGCAGCACCUCCGCUACUACUCUGGCUGAAAUGGUGGUGGUUAGUGCACAUUCACUAGAUAAGACAUCUCAUAGCAGUGCAACUGGAUUGGCUUUGCCCCUUUCUGCAUCAUCUUCCUCUUCCUCCACUGGAACAGGAGUAUCUAGUUCUGUUUCUCAGCCUGGUGGGUUGCACCCUUUGGUUGUCCCAUCAGCAGUAUCUUCUACUCCUGUCCUUGCCCAAGCAGCACCUACUUCUACACCUUUAUUACCCCAGGUCCCUAGUAUCCCACCCUUGGUACAACCUAUUGCCAAUGUGCCUGCUGUACAGCAGACACUCAUUCAUAGUCAGCCGCAGCCAGCUUUGCUGCCCAACAAACCUCACACUCGCUGUCCUGAAAUAGAUGCUGAUACACAACCUAAAGCUCCUGGUAUCGAUGACAUAAAGACUCUAGAGGAAAAGCUAUGAUCUCUCUUUAGUGAACGCAGUUCAUCUGGAGCUCAACAUGCCUCUGUGUCUCUGGAGACGUCACUAGUGGUAGAGACCACAGUCCCACCAGGCAUACCAACAACUGCUGUUGCACCAAGUAAACUCAUGACUUCCACUACAAGUACUUGUUUACCACCUACCAGUUUGCAAGUAGGGACACCUGGUUUGUCGGUUAUACCAGCGGUCACACCUGGACAAGUUUCUACACCAGUCAGCUACAUUUCAGCCUCAGUCAGCACUGCAGCAGGAGUGAAACCUGGAACUGCACCAUCAAAGCCACCUUUAACUAAGACUUCGGUGCUGCCUGUAGGUCCUGAGCCUUCAGCUGGUGCCCCACCCAGCGAGCAGCUGCCACGUUUUCCAGGACCUUCACUAACUCAGUCCCAGCAACCUCUGGAAGAUCUUGAUACUCAGUUGAGAAGAACACUGAGUCCAGAGUCUAUUGCGGUGACAUCUGCAGUUGGUCCUGUGCCGGUGGUGGCUCCAACAGCAGUUGUGGAAACCGGGGGUCAGCCUCAGAAGGACGUUUCUCAAGUUUCAGAAGGUUCUGUGAUUGCAAACAGUUCAGGAACUGGUGUUUUUCAGACAGGGCGAUUUCAGGUUUCAGUCACAAUGGAUGACACACAGAAAGGGGGUAAAAGUAAGCCAGAAGAUUCAAAGUCUGUUCACUUUGAAUCCAGCACUUCAGAGUCCUCAGUACUAUCAAGUAGUAGUCCAGAGAGUACCCUGGUAAAACAAGAACCUAAUGGGUUAACCAUCCACAUUGCUUCAGAUAUGCCAGAUAGUGCCCACAAAAUCUCUGCCUCGGAAACAAAGACAGAAACUGGACAACCCACCAAGGUUGGACGAUUCCAGGUGACAACUACAGCAAACAAGGUAGGUCGUUUCUCUAUAUCAAGAACGGAAGAUAAGAUUGGUGAGGCCAAGAAAGAAGUACCAGUGACAUCUCCUCCGUCUGCGCAUUUGGAACAAACUGUCCUUCCUGCUGUGAUACCAAAGAAAGAAAAGUCGGAACUCUCAGAUCCUGCGCAUCUGAAUGGACCAUCUUCUGACCUAGAAACAAGUAGAGAUGUGGAUGAUGGUUCAGGCAGUCCACACUCGCCUCCUCAAGUACUCUCAGAGAGCCUUCCUAUCCAGAACCUAAGUCAAAGCCUUAGUAAUUCAUUCAAUUCUUCUUACAUGAGUAGUGACAACGAGUCAGACAUCGAAGAUGAAGACUUAAAAUUAGAACUGCGACAACUAAGAGAAAAACAUCUUAAAGAGAUUCAAGACCUGCAGAGUUGCCAGAAACAUGAAAUUGAAUCUUUGUAUACAAAACUGGGCAAAGUUCCAUCUGCUGUCAUUAUUCCCCCAGCUGCCCUACUUUCCAGGAGAAUAAGGCGACCAACUAAAAACAAAGGCAGCAAAUCUAGUUGUAGCACUUCCUUGGGGAAUAAAAGUCCCCAGCUUUCAGGUAACCUGUCUGGCCAGAGUGCAACUUCCGUCUUACACCCCCAGCAGACCCUCCAUGCUCCUGGGAACAUCCCGGAGACUGGGCAGAAUCAGCUGCUACAGCCCCUUAAGCCAUCUCCCUCUAGUGACAACCUCUAUUCAGCCUUCACAAGUGACGGUGCCAUUUCAGUACCAAGCCUUUCUGCUCCAGGUCAAGGGACCAGCAGCACAAACACUGUCGGGGGGCCAGUGAACAGCCAAGCUGCCCAAGCUCAGCCACCUGCCAUGACGUCCAGCAGGAAGGGCACAUUCACAGAUGACCUGCACAAGUUGGUGGACAACUGGGUCCGAGAUGCCAUGAAUCUUUCAGGUAGGAGAGGAAGCAAAGGGCACAUGAAUUAUGAGUUUCAGGCUCUGACUCCUGAGCAGGUGGCAUUCCGUGCUUCGCACAGGCAGCAGUAUGUGGACCCUCGGGGCCAAGGCCACAUGGCUGGCUACAACUAUGAAUUCACCAAUUCCUACUUCGGCAAUUGA